AAGAAGAGAAAGAUGAAGAAAUUCAGUCGUGGGUCGUUGCUCGAUUAUAGAAUCAUGUCUCUUAAAAGAUGUGCAUUAUUGCCAGCGAUUGUAAUCACUAUUUGUUUAGAUGUAUCUUCUAUCGUUGCUACUGCCACUGCUGUUAUGUGGAAUCCGAAAACAUCUAGAUACGUGGAUAGUUAUAACUUGGACAAGGGACCGGUAUUCUAUGAGGCAUACUAUCCGAACACUCGUGACACUCAUGAAGAAAAACGCUUUGAUCAAAAUACGGUGUUGGAAACAAGUUUUCAGGUGCCAUUCGAGCGUAUCGCGCAUUCGGAAACUACAAAUCAUCCUGUUACGAUUAAUGAAUCAUUCAUCAUUAUGGAUAACGAAAUUUUACCGAGAAAACGGAAAAUGACAGAAUCUCAACGCAAUUAUGACACUACAAGUGAACUUGCAUCUUUCUCCAAUGAACGUUCAACGACUUUCGAUGAUGAUAAAAAUUUGCAAGCUGCGAAUAUCGAAGAAAUUUCUAAGCUUGUUAGAAGAGCAAUUUCCCGUGAUCUAGAAAAUUGGAACACUCUUGAAGGAUAUCUCGAUCGUACUGUCCAUCGACCUCAGCUGGGAAUUUAUUCUAGAGAAAUUAAUAAAAAUGGAGAAGACGGUAAUUAUAUGUUUCCAGUAAAUCGUAAAUUCGUCGAAAUGGAUUCGUCGAAACUGUCGAGUUUUGAGGCGUCAUUACCUCGUAAAUUGGAUGUGCGUAAUGUAAAAGAACGACCUAUAUAUUUCGAAGGAGUCGAUACGAGUGGAAGAACUAGCGAAAUGAGUAUCAGCGGAACGCAAAUAGUUGAUAUACCAUCGUUGAUCGAUAUCUCCGACUCGUUACCUCCGGAGAACAUUUUUCAACCGCGGCCUCAAAUCGUUAGAUACUUGUUUUUCAAGAAACCAAUGCCUCCGCGAUUGGACAAACAAAAUGAGAAGCCGAUCGAUCAAUCUACACCACGAACUUACGGUGACGAUCUCAUUCGUGAAGAAAUCAAUGAUGCCCGCGAUAGAAUAGGAGAAAAUGUCAAAGUAACAUCUAUCGAAAUAAGUGAACAACCACGACACAAAACGCGUCAUCAUCAUGGUGAAUUUCCUCAUCGUCAUCGCUCACAACCCACUGCUUAUCCGACUAUUUCAUAG